AUGAAAGCCGUAUUCCAUGCAGCGGCAUUUGCUGCUGCUGCUUCGGCUGCCGUCCUUCGUCGGGACCAAUGCUGCUUUCAGAUCACUGCUACAGGCGGCGUCUCUGGAGUGAUGGGACAUCUGUCGGACGGGCAGAACCGCAUCAACGGCAGCUAUCCAGCCGCGACAUACUGCCUGAACAACGGCGUCAUGCUGGACGACACUGGCAAGACCUGCCUGGUGACCCUCGACAACGAUGCGACUCACCAAUUCCAAUGCGAUGAGCACCCAGAAUCCGCACCACUUUCGGCUUCCACAGGCUGGAGCGUCGCAAACAACGGCUCUCUCCUUUUUCAGGGCAACGAUCAAUUCUACGCAUGUCCCGCAACCGAUACGGAAUACAAUCUUUACACCCAACGGUUGAACGGUCAAGACAAAUGCAAGGCUGUCAAGCUCAACACCAACGCCAACAGCACAUGUGGUGGAACAUCGGGAGGCCAGUCAGCACCUUCAGGCUCAGCAUCCGUUUACGCCAGCACUCCUGUUGGUCCUGUUGGAGGCAGCGCCACUGGCUACGUCGCCACUCAAAGCCAGAACACCCCGGCCGCCUACAGCUCGCACGGCACUGCUUCAUACCCAUACGGUUCGCAGAGCGUUCCUGGCUACGGCACUGCAUCGCAAGGUACCGCUCCGGUCUACAGCGCUGUCUCAACACCUGUUGUUCCAGGCUAUGGAUCCCAAACCGCACCUGGAUCUGGCUCCACAGUGCCAGCUUAUAGCUCCGCAUCCGAGUCUACUGCCCCGGUAUACAGCGCUGCCACAGAGGCCACGACUGUUGAGACUGUGCCUUCGUACAACACUGAGACUGCGCCCAUCAACAGUGCGACGACCGAGGUCACCACGGCGGAGACGAUUCCCUCGUAUGGUGCUAGCUCACAGCCUGUGGUUCCGGCUUACAGCUCUGAGUCUCCCUCUUCGUCCGUCGAGACUGCUCCAGUGUACAGCUCAGCCUCAACUCCUAUUGUACCAGCCUACAGCUCGGUACCGGUACCUUCUUCAGUCGAGACUGCUCCAGUCUAUAGCUCGGUUCACAGCUCGGUCUACGGCUCAGUCUACAGCUCAGUCUACAGCUCGGUGUCCACUCCGGUCGUACCUGGCUACGAGUCUUCUGCAUCAACGCCGGUUGUGAGCACCCCGGUCGAAAGUGCGCCAGUCGAGAGCACGAUCGCCUCAAGCACUGUGGUCACACCAUACGUGCCUGUGGUCGAGACCACCCCUGUGUCAUCUUCUACCUCCAAGAACAAGCACCACAUCAACAGCUUCACCCCGAGGUUGUUGACGACUAUCGUCAAAGAGACCACUUCGUGCUGCGAGACCACGCCCGCUGAGACCACGCCCGCUGAGAGCAUCGUACCUGUCGUUCCGUUUCCCUCAUACCCGGCUGGCAGCUCCUCGCAGGCGGUGAGCACAACACCAGUGGCCCCAUCUUACCCAGCUGGUACUUCGAGCACCGCACCUUCCGCACCUAGCUCGAUCAAGACAUCGCCAGUCCAGAAUUCGAAGUCAGAAAGCACACCAGUCGCUACUACACCCGUUAUCAGCACCAGCAGCGGCCCGGCAACGAUCCAGACAUACCCCGUGUCGAGCGAGACUGUCCCAUCUGACAACACAGUGACUUUGGAGACAACAUACUCAACCACGUACUGCCCAGUUACCGAGACCCAGGUAUCAAGCGGCUCGACUAAGAUUACAGUCUACUCAACCUGGUCUACGCUGACCUCUGUCAACAAGCCCACAACCGCUUACGCUACCGAGUCCACAUCAGCACCAGUGGCUACAAGCAGCGUGCCAGUCGGCGGUGAUACCACUGUCGUACCUUCAGGCACCAAGCCAGCGGGUCACGAGACCCCAAGCGCUAGCGUUGAAACCGGCUACUCUGCAAGCACUUCUUGUUCCGAGUCCGCCACCUCUGGUGUAGCCUCAUCAAGCAGCACGCCAGCUGGACCAGUCUCUUCGGCUACCACGCCAGCGGCAUCUGUGCCAGGGUACGGCUCGCCAUCGACUGGAGUCACAUCUGCUGCCACCACAUCCGCUGCUUCAUCAACUCAGCCAGCGAGCUCCACCUCCGCCACCGCUUGCCAGACCGAGCUUUCUGGUGCAUAUCAGACCCCUCACCUGAUCGAGUGGAUUGCCAAAGAGUAUCCAGACACCGCCUACGGCUCCAAGCUGAACGCAUCCGUCAACGCUGACUGCGACACCCUCUUCAACUUCGACAUCCCAGACUCAUACGAUGGCAAGACAUGCAGCGUCGUCUUCCUCUUCCCAGAACAAAAGGACCUCGAGACUUCUGCUUACACCUUCUCCGGUUCUGGUGACCUCGUCGUCGCUGAGCUUAGCGACGUUGCUACGGAGCAAACUACUUACAACACUUGCCCUGCCGUCAACAGCACUUUGGACUGUAUUGCUAUCCAGCCUGGUAACAGCUAUGUCGUUGCCUCUGGUCCAUGUGCUGCUGGCACAACGGAGACUUACAAGCUCAGCUCAGAGAAUGGUUUGACGCUUGAGUUCUUCGAGGACUGGAACCCAUCGAGCUUGGGGCUUUACGUCACUGCAUGCUAG